UGCAGCAGGACGAGGUGGGAGUUGGGGCAUCAGUUUCAGGGUGGGUGUGGGUAGUGGGGGAUGGAGGAACCAGGGAAGGGAGGAGGGGGAAGGAGGAAUGGGGGAGAGUCUUGCCUCCUCCCUGGCGAAAGAUGUUUAAAGUAGAGUGCCAGAGUUGGUCUCGGAGCGGCGGCAGUGACCAGCGCGGGCCGGAGGGAUAAGGCAGUGGCUGUACCGGAGGGCGGGCGGGCGGGCAGGCGGUGAUGCGCGUCGAGGCAGCAGCCGGGGCGCGGUGCUGGGCUGGGCUGACUCACUGGGAAAUACCAAGCGAGGGCGCCGCUUGCUGUUCCUUCGGAAGUGAUCGCCACACGCUGCUGGGCCUCCACUCCUGCAGCACCGCCUCUUCCUUCUCCUCAUCCUCCUCCUCCUCCUUCUAUCCCUCCCUCGCCUCCUCCUCCUCCUCUUCCUCCCAUUCCUCCUCAUCCUUAUCCUCCUCCCCGUUCCCGUCCCCCUCUCCUCCUCUCCCAGCUGUGGUAAGGUGGAGCGAGGCCGCCGCUCGCACACCAGGGGAGGCGGAAGCUGCGGGUACACACGGCCACCAGCUUUGUGUGGCGCCCAGCACGGCCCUGCCUGACACGCCCCUCCCUCACGCAGCACACCGCCGCGCCGCUCCUCCCCUGCCGCCACGCGCCGCUCAAACCAUUUCAACCACCUUUACCAUGUUUACCUGGACUCGUUUGUGCCUGGAGAGCAGCGUAAUGAGAUAAACAAGUGUGCGGAGGCCUCAGUCAGCCAUUCAUCUCGCAUGGGUGGCGGCGGCGACGGCUCACAUGGUCUCUGAACCCGCCCAGCUCUGGGGGCGCCACAGUCGACCCGCCACCAAGGAAAAUUUCACCGAAGCAACACGUGAAACAGGCCAGGCUGACUGUUUGCUUGAAUACCGAGUUGCAGUGCGGAGAGUUGUUGUUGUAUGAAGGUGCAAGUGUAGACGUGUGUCGUGUGGCGGUGAGGGUCCCGCACCCGGCAGAGGCGGCGAGCAGCUGAGGCCGGGAGCACCAGCAUCUUCGGCCUGGCCAAGCUCGACCACGCCUCCAUCAGCCGCUACUAUUAUUGGAUUUUUUUUUUAUAGUUAUUUGUGGUCAGAAGGAAAGUGAGACAGACAGUGGCGGCGACCUAGUUCGUGUGGGAAGUGUGUCUGUGUGUGUCUGUGUGUGUGGCCCCGCACUCACCCCAACACUGGCAGGAGUCUUGGCACAAGGAUAACAGCACAGUGGAUGCAUUGACCGAAUCAAAAUUUACAGGUUACCGUGUUAGUUCCUCGCGAGUAUUAGAGGAACAAUUGAUUAGCGUGGCGGUGGUGCAGACUGACCUGCUGUCAUGACGACCCCAGCCGCCUGCCCCGCACCCCACCCCGUCUGCCCCGCACUGCACCCGUUGAUUGGCUUUCCCCCCUCUGACUCCGUAGACGUUAGGAAUGUGUUGGCGGUAUGAUGUGUGGGGGACAGAGGCGCAUAGUGUGGGGUGAGGCAGCCGCUAGGGGGCUGUGAGGUGGUGGAGCAGCUAAUGAGGCUGGCGGUGACUGUGGGAACUCAGAAGGUGCUCGGCGGGGCCCCGGGAGGCUGGCGGAGGCAGCCGGGACCCGCCAUCUGUCAUGCAGCAACAGAUGGCUCGCCCCCAGCUCCCGUGCUCUCAUGCACCAGCACUGUAGUUCCUGUGGCCGCACUAUGACCCCUAACCGAGCCUUACGUUACCCUCGAGGUCGCCUUAUUAACUGUUGAUGGAGGACUAAAUGCCGGAGGAGAGACGAAGAGAGUGUAAUGGCCUGCUUCCCCUUCAUGUGUCGCCCGGAAGUCCUAGACGAGGAGGGAUCCAAUGGUGUGGGGGCCGAGCUGGCAGCGUCGCCACGGAGGCAGGUGGCCGGGCCUUCCCGUGGCAGAGAUCCUCCCAGCAUGGUCGUCCAAGGAGACUUCCGCAAGGUGAGCGGGAUCAGCACGGAGAUCUUCCGGCAGAUUGAGACAGUCGAGAAUGACCACGAUGCGUCGACGGCCGCGGCCCUGGACGUGGUGGAGCGGCGCGGCGAGAUGGUGGUGCGCCUGCUGGACCCCCGCACCCUCAGCAGGUCCGCCUAUGAGCAGGCCAAGCGCUUCCUCGCCGCCCAGAAUGUCAAGUUUAGUGUGCAGAUGGUUGAGAUAGUGAAGCGGCCGGGCCAGACGCUGGGCCUCUACAUCAGAGAGGGCAACGGCGCUGACCGGGCCGAGGGAGUGUUCAUCUCACGCAUCGCUCUGGAGUCUCCCGUGUACAACUCGGGAUGUCUUCGGGUGGGCGACGAGAUCCUGGCGGUAAAUCUGGUGGACGUGACUCGCAUGGGCCUGGACGACGUGGUCAUUAUCAUGAGCAUCCCGCGCCGCCUGCUGCUGACCACCCGCUCACGGCGUGGCGGGCGGGGGGCGCCGCCCUCUCCGCAGCCGAGACACGAGCCCAAGCCGCCACCUGUGGUUGUCAUCAAGAAGGAGUACGAAGAGGAACCUCUCGAAGAUUCAAACAGCAACGGGGACACCCUGCGCUUCGGCGCCAUGGGUCGGCCACCCCCGCCCCCCUCGCGACCACCGCCAGGGGUGCCGCAAACUCAGGAAUCAAGAUUCAGCACACUGCCUCGCUACCGGCCACCGGAGACCAUGUCGGCUCUGCGGCACGAGGAGCCCCUCAUGUACUACGGCGCCAGGGGAAUGCCAGGGAAGGGCCCAUUCGGCGUGCCGCAGCCCGGCCCGCCUGGUGCACAGCCUGGCGUGCUGGUAGGGCCCAUGGCCCACGCCACGCACCCAGGCUAUCAGCCCCGCAGCUCUCGACAACCAGGGCUUCCGGGAGCUGGCAUGCAACCGUAUGGCGCCCCGCCACGGCCACCUAUGGGGGCUGACAGGGAGCGGUACUAUCAGCCGCCACCUCCCGUCAUCACCGAACAGCCCCGCCCACAACAUCAGCAGCACUUUACGCCCUACGAACGCUCCUACCCCAAAACCUUGGAGUCUCUAGCGGAGCGAGUUCACGCCUUCUAUGGGUCCGCAGCGGAUGACGCUAUGGGUCCCCCUCCCCUGGGAGUGGGAGACCUGGCCGUCUCUGUUCGGCAGGGGCGGCCCCACGAGGCUCCCAUGUACGGCACGCUGGGCCGCAGCAGUGUGGGUCGGCCGCGGCUGGCUCGCACGCUAAGCGACCAGCGACUGCCUGCUACUGAGCGAGAGAGUUUGAGUGACUACGAGGGAAGCGGCCCCUCGGCACGCCGCCACAAGGCCAGCACGCUGCAGUAUCCCUCAGGGGCGCAAGUUUCUGACCGCGCCACCCUUGAGCGCUACCAGGAGACCAUGCGACGCCUGAGCGCCCUGCGACAGCGAACCCGCUCUGUGGACUACGCCAGCGACACUGAAGUUACGUUACCGCGGUCUUCCCUGCUGGCCCGCGCUCGAGGCGCCCAAGGAGUUGGGGCGGGAGGCGGGGCAGCCCGCUCCAAUUCCUUGCCCCGCCACUCCUCCCGUCACCGUGGGGGCUCCCACGUCAGGUUUGAAGCCCGCGGGGGGCCAGCGGUGAGCGAGGACGAGAGCGACGGUGCUGUCAGCGCACCUGAGAUGCCCACCGGCACCGAGAGAGGUAAGCCCCCCUCUCUCUACACGCACGCCCGGCUUCCCUCCUCCCCCUCCAUCUUCACCUCCGACGAAUACCGGGCCUGGAUGAGUCGCGCGCCCUCCACCAGCGCCAUCUACGAGAGGAUACGUCAGUCCCACGAGACGCUCCGAAGCCAGCGGGGAGGCCUGAGGUUCACUUACAGCGCGGACAACCUCACGGACAAGAGCAGAGAUGAAGCGCCCUACUACAUGCAGCGGCUGCACCUCGGGCCUGGCGCAGUAGGGGCGGCGGGCAGCGCAACACGGCAACUGGGACGACUUGAGGGUCAGUCCCGGCGGAUGAGAGCGGCUCUAGAGGAAGCUCGAGGCGUUCCUCACCCUUCACCGACUCGAGGCAGACCCGCCCUCAGACUCAUCGAUAUCAACCCCGCAGAGUUCCUGAAGUACAAAGUGGGCGUGGGCAACAUGGGCGGGGUGUCGGAGGGCGUGUCGGGCAUGCUGUGGGUGCACCUGCUGGCCGGGCGGGGACUAAAGGCUGCAGGGCGGUCUGAGUUCCGGGACCUGUACUGCGUGCUGGAGUGUGACCGCGUGCACAAGGCGCGCACGGUGGUCAGGACGGGCGAUCUGAACUUUGACUGGGACGAGACCUUCGACCUGGACCUCAUAAAUAACAAAGAGCUGGACUUUUUGAUAUACUCGUGGGACCCGCAGUUCAGGCAUAAACUAUGUUAUAAGGGUUCGGUACACCUAGUGAGUUUACUCAAGGAAUCUCCGCUGCAUCAACUCGCACUAAAGAUAGAGCCCCGGGGCACACUUUACCUCAAGCUGCGCUACACUCCGCCCCGUCAGGCCUUCCUCCGAACUCCGAGCGUGCGCAAAAAUUCCUUGUUUGGAGUGGAUCUAGACACGGUGUCCAAUCGUGAGUCUGGCGGCGGCACAGUCCCGCUCAUCAUCGCCCGUUGCGUGGCCGAGGUUGAGCGGCGGGGCCUGGACAUCAUCGGCCUGUACCGGCUGUGCGGGUCAGCCACCAAGAAGCGCCUCCUCAGAGACGCCUUCGAAAGGAAUCCUCGCCUGGUGGAUCUGUCCUCAGACAACGUGCCGGACAUCAAUGUUAUUACAGGUAUCCUGAAGGACUACCUGCGGGAGUUGCCGGAGCCUCUGUUCACCAAGUGUUUGUAUCAGAUGCUGGUGGACGCGCUCACUGUCAUGCUGCCAGACGACCCGCAGGGCAACGCUAAGCUCAUGUUCUCCAUCCUCGACUGCUUGCCCAAAGUUAACAGGGUGAGUCAAAUGACUUUGUUCCUGCUGAUGGAUCACCUGCGGCUGGUGGCGAGUCAGUCUGAGCGCAACAAGAUGACCACACAGAACCUGGCCAUCUGUUUCGGGCCUGUGUUGAUGCUGCAAAGUGAGAGUGAGGAUCCCAUGGACUUCCACCAGCCUAUUAGUAUUCUCAAGUUCCUUCUCGACCUCUGGCCCUCCAAGUCAGCUCGGGAAGCGGAAGCAGCGAAUGCUCGGAGUGCGCGGCCUUCGCACCUGGACCCGGGGAGGCGGAAGGUCGGGGGUCCCGGCAGCCGCAUGACCACACCCAGGACCACACCCCGGACCACGCCCACCAGCCAGUCCCCAGGCUCAGAGAGCGACUCCUCCCCGAAUCCUCCUGUUAAUCUCCGGCCCAAGCUGGUGCUCGGGGCAAUGGCCACCACCAGCUCAGGUGGAGAUCCCGGGAGUGGAGCAGCCAGCGGGCCCUCUGCCCCCGGCUCUACCUCCACCACCUCCACACCCACCUCUUCCAUCACGUCCCCGCCAUCCACUACCGCCGCUCCGACAAGCUCCCUGCCAGCAGGGUCCUCGGAGGCGGCGUCAACCCUCACUGCCACCCGCGGCCUCGACCCGGAGACGGAGACCGAGGAGGAUAAGGACGGGGCCGAGACGGCGUCCAGCUAGCCAGUUCCUUGGUCACUGGGACGCCCUAGCAGGUCCUCUGAGUGUUGAGUUCUGUGGUUGUGUACAAGGAAGUAAUGCCACCUUAGGUCCAGCAUCUUUGGUCUGUACGAUGGCUCUCUCGUAAAUCUGUCGCUGCUCUCCAAGUCUCCGUGAAAUUGGCCAGAGCCCAGUUAGCUGGCUGCAGCCAUGUUGACGAUGGGCGAGGUUCUGAUGUGUUUAGUAAAGCCUAAAAUAGCACUAGUUGCAGCCCAGAAGAAAUUAGCUGAAUCCCUAACAUCACUUGUUGCAAGGAAGUUCCAAAGCCUCCUCAAGUCUGUGGUGGCCGCUGGGUAUUGGCAUCAAUACGUGGAAUUACUCGGGCAGGUGAGGGCCACCUAUACUGGAGACAACGGGAAGGUGUUAUUGGGAUGUGCAUACAAGAGGUUGUUGGGGACACAACACCACAGCUGUGGGCAAGCCUAAGCAUUACCCUCGGUCGCCGCCUGCGGGACGAGGCCACUGCGGGAUUUAUGCAACUUGUGUUACAAAUCACUGCCACAAACUUUUAAUUUAAUAUAUUGUCUCAGUGGAGAUGUCAAAUAUUAUCACUAGAUAAACUGCCAAGAGCUUGUAGUCAGUGGGAGUGCGGACACUGGAGUCAGCAGACGGGGAGCCAAGUGUCUGCGCUGCCCCAGUAGUCUGUGGUGUUGAGAGUAUUCAAACGGCGGUGCAAACUACUUGCCAGAUGGCUUCCAUUUCCCUCACGCCCGAUGUUUCCCAUGCAGACUGUGAGGUAGAGUACCAGACACUGUUUGAUGCUACCCGGCGUGCUGCAGCCCUGACCCCGGCUGACCUGGCGGUGACGGUAUUCACGGUGAUCAUUGGCUGAGGUUGACAAGUGACGUUAGAUGCCGUGUCAGUCAUUCAGUAACCUCAGCCAAAGGGGACGUUACCCGCCUAGAAAUCCCUUUAAUCCACAAAAGUAGCUGUGUAGCAUUACUCCAAAUCUCUGCCAAGGAUGCCUAAUAUCUAUCAUCUUCCUUGACAUCAUCAACUGUUCCUGUAACUCUACUGUCACUCCAGGAGCCAUACAGAGCAUGAGGUGUAUCUCCCUCAAUUGCUGGGCGCAUGAGUGCCUCAGGCCUUCAAAAGCAGCAAAAAAAUAAUCCAGUCAAUGAAAUUCCUAAACAAGCUAAACAGUACAGUCACAUGAUGCAGUUUUGACAUUACUUACACCACCAGAGUCCAUCGGGACCAUUAGACUCCGAGGUAACUCACGACCCUCGCGUCAGCCCUGGCACACUGCGCCGUUACCCUAAGGUCACCCGGACACUGUGGUCAUGUUUGUACCGAACAUCAUACCAGGAACUCCAUCUUCCUUCACCAAGGUCACAAAAGCUCCCCCCACUGCACAACCUGGGUGCGUCUAAGCACUGCCGCCGCGCAGGAAGUGCCCAGCCCGGCGCCCGGCGUGCUGGCAGUGUCUGGUGCUCCGGAGUCGUGGUCAUGCGCGCCGUGGACGGUGUCGCUGCCGGGGCCACGAAGACCUCAGCUUGCAUGCACGAGUUUUGGUGCUUUGUCAGUUCAACUGCCUUUCAGACAUCUUUGUGUGGUUAAGUGAAAUGCAUGAAUAGUAUUUGCCCAAAUGUACUUUUAAGGAACGACAGACGACGGAUGAGCGAACCAGAUGCCAUAUUCCUUCAUUCCUUUAUCAGUGUUGACAGGGUUGCACUCACACUUCUGCAGUGCUCUUGUACUUGAAUGGUGUCAAAUUUUUUAUAUGUACAUUUUCUUUUGCUUCUAGUCUAUUUAAUAAUUUUAUACUUAGAAUACUGUGAAAAAAAUACCUUGAGAUCAUCCACAUUUCCGUAUAGUUGUGUAGGGUCAGUGUGAGCGAGCGAGUGAGGCAGUCCACACCAUGGUUACAUUACUGAGCCAAGCAGCAGUAGCUAGAUCAUGUCCACCAGUGUUUGUAGGCCAGUGAUGAAGACAUCAAAAACCUUAAAACAAAAUAAGUGUAAAUACCGUUACUUCAAUCUUACUGUACACUGGCCACGCCGAGACGGAAGUGCUAAGCCGGCAUCGGUCUGAACGCUGUAUUUACCUCAGAAGCCAGGAAGACAGUAAUGCAUUUCCACCAGUACUUGAAGAAUACAUUGGCUUGUUGGGUUUUCCUGAUGUUUUUUCUUCUUUUGUAGUUAUUUUUCACACAGUACUGAAGGUAGCUGCUGUUUGUGUAGUCCAGUCUCCACCAACAAGCCAGUCACCAUCUGCAUGAACCAUUUCUUCAACUUAUACCAAACACUCAGAAAACUAAAGCUGCGUUCCAGGCAGCCAAUACUCAGGUUUGGCACUGCGUAUAGGAAUCUGUUGUCACCUGAUUUUCCCACUCCCAUGAUAUCCCAAAGUCUGCUAAUGGUCGCCGCUCUUAAUCGAGAUGUUAUGUAUCUAAAAGUAAACAAUCACGCACACUCUAGGCUGUUCAUGAAUGUAGGGAGGAACUCUGUCUUGGGUAGCUGUGUGAAGCACCAGCCGGUCGCCACCACCACCACGUUGGUUCCGCCUUCACACCCCACUGGCUGGCUCCCCUUCAGCUUAACCACAGCCACUGACAUCAUCAUCAUCUUUGGAGUGCUGUUCGUUAUUAUUGUUUUCAAGAAUGAGAAAGGUUCUUGUUAAUGGAAAAAUUUAUUGAGUGCAGAUUUCAACUUUCCAUUUCCUUGUGAAUUUGAACUCAGUAGCUGAUAAGGUGAAGCUAACACCUUUUUGCAGACGCACCUAGAUUUGUUUUGUUUAUUUCUUACAAAAGUGUAUAAUAUCACGUUCAUUUGCACCAUUUUUAUAGUUGAAGAGCUUCCUAUGGCUUUACAUCCAUAGCCCUUCCUUCUUGUUCCACAUUGAUUAGUAUUACUAAUCAAGGGCGUAAGUAAAACUACCAACUCAUUACUUGCCUUGUUUUCACUGUUAUUAUGUUCUCCAUUAAUCUGCUGAAUUAGGAUGCUCUCCUCACAGGUGGGAAUGUACCUCCUUGAAACGAGGCCUCCCUCCUCCUUCCAUUCAGUCGCAUAUGUUUGUAGCAAUAAUGAGAAGUUAGAACACUGCUGAGAGUGCACAGGACGGCAACAAGGCAGCAGAGCACCCCGGCACUCGGCUUGAGUCACCCUGAAGCGAGAAUCCUCAAGUUAUUCGUCACUCAGACCGUCAUUUCCUGAAAAAUACAAUAUAAUACCCGUAGUCAGCCAACCCAAGGUGAAUAACUCUACAGGGUUCCGGUUCUCUCAUAUCAGAAAGAGCACAAUCACUCCUCCGUAGGUGCUUGGUGUGAUCUCUUGUAAUUAACCCCUUAAAAUUUUGUGGCCCCUUCCCCCAUCGAGAACAUUUUUCAAGACGAGUAUCGGGUCACGGCGGCAGGCGUUUGUCCCUCUCCCGGCCCAGCACCGACCAGUGUCUGUAGUACCUGCACUAUGGUAGUGUUUGCAUGUCCGGUACAGUACAUGGGCUCUCUACUGAGGUGGCAGCCAUACUCACACUCAACACAGAGACAACUGCUGAGCCUCUUGUGAAUGACUGUUUGUAUUUUAAGAGUAUAAAAUUAUACAGUUGCUUAAUAUUAUGAAAACGUACUUGUAAAAACACAAAAAAAAACUUUGUUUCGUGUCAGACCUGUGUGUGAGAUAUAGAAUCACCCCCAAUGAGCUGGUAUGUUUAUCUGGCCAAAUAUAUUUAGACUGAAGCUGUGGCGUGAGCGCUGCACAGGUUUAAUAGAGUGGUCAGAGCUACAUUAAGUGUUACAAAUUGCACUUGCUUGCCUGUGUGUGGUGUGAGGAAGUCAUUUCGUUAAGUAUUAUUGUGUAUUCAUUCAUAGUGUACUACAAUAAGGUGAUAAAAGUUGUUGUUAGGGGUGCAGUUAGAUUGUGAGAUGUUGCUACUUGUUUCAGAAGCCAACUGUUGGGGUGCAGCGUGGUCUGGGUGUGGCUAGACCCAUCGUGUGGUAUGGUGUGGUGUGGUGUGGAGUUUCUAUUCCUGGUGCGUGAGAGAGAGAGAGAGAGAGAGAGAGAGAGAGAGAGAGAGAGAGAGAGAGAGAGAGAGAGAGAGACUGCAUGGUGGUUGGGUGUGCGUGGUGUGUCGGUGUGAGUCGGCCCAGCGCGGGAUGAGUUGAGUGAGAGGCGUGAGGUUGGUUGACUGUGUGUGGUGUGAGUGCGGUUGUCCUCCCCGCCCUGCGCCUUAGAGGAAUGGUAAGGAGUGCCGCCCCUCCCCCACUGAGCGCCUUGUCCCCGCUGGUUGUGGGGUUGAAAUGUCAUGGAUUCUCACAAAUUCUGCAGAUAUUGUCAUGCUUUCUUCCUCGGAGGGUGGAACCUGCUUGAAUGUCUUCUGUUUAAAAUAAAAGCGAAAAAAUAGAAAUAAUAAUAAUCAAAACAUUUUGGAAUAACGAAAAUAAAUUAUAAAUAAAUGAAUAUAAUGCUGUAUACAGGAACAAAGUUCUCAUCGUCAUCAAGACCACGAUAUGUUGUAAUAAUGCCAGUAAUAAUAAUAAUAAUAAUAAUGAAUAACGAAUAAAUGAAUAAAUAAACUCUAAAUAUUACUGAUGAAUGGUAACAAUAAUAAUAAUAAUAAUAAUAAUAAUGAUAAUAAUAAUAAUAAUAAUAAUAAUAAUAAUAAUAAUGAUAAUAAUAAUAAUAAUAAUAAUAAUUAGCCUUAUUGUCGUUAGGAGUGUUAUGGUUAAGGUACUAGAGACCAUUUUUCGUGACUUGCAGCAAAACCAUUGGAGAUGCAUUGAAGCAGUUAGCAUCCUUUCCUAGGUGAUGACGCCACUACUCCCUCCCCUCCCCCUCCGUCGGCGCCCUCCCCUCCUGUAUAGCUCCCUCCCUAGUCCCCCGCUGCAGCACCACUAGCCCCGCUGCCUGUGCUGGGGGGAUAGAGGUUAUGUUGCUCUCUUGUCUGUAAAUACACACCAUUGUUCACCAUCUUGCAGCUGAUUUUAUGUAUAUGAGAGUGUUUAAAAGAAUGCAUCUGUUGUUUAUAUUUACAAAGGUAAGAUUUUUGACUAUGGAACAUGUGUAUUAGAGGUGUAAUGAGGAGAAAAAGAAUAUCAGGGCUAUUAGUAAUCAUGAUAGUUGCUUUUCAUGUUAGUGUACUCAGUGGCUACGGUGAAAUGAUUGUGCUUUGUACAUAUCAGUGUGUUAAUUUAUCGGUCCAGGGAGUGGAGUGGACCAAACCUUCUCUUUUUUCCCCCCGUCAUCGGUUACUUUGUUUUGCAUCCAAGCGGCCCACUCCAGCCUCCCCCGCCACCCGGCUGGUCACACACACACCGUGGAUGAGGAGGCUUUCCAUGUGACGACUCAGUAUUUCAGUUUGUUGCGUAAAUAUUCCGACGAUAACUUCCAGCUCCUUCCUCCCUCCACAUUACACCCCAUCCAACCCACACCGCCCAUCCAGUGCCCCUUCCUCCCCAGCCCGCCCGCCCGCCUUCCCGCCCGCCCGUCUCCUCCCCCACCUCAGUCUGGUCCCGAUGUGCCAAAACCCCACUGCCCCCGCCCACCCCCGCCCGGCUGGUCCUCCCGUUACUACAAAUCCAGUCACGCACCUCCAACCCUGCCCCCCAACUGAUUAUAUAUCGUUUUCUGUGACUUUUGGCUUAUUGUUCGGUUCCUGUUUUUUUCUUCGUCUCCCAAAAUUCAAAUCCGCCUGUUAAGUACAUACCUACUUACAGUACUACCUACCACAGUUCCAGUGUUACCAACCAAGUACCUCAGCUUGAUUCUUCCUACAUGACCACCAAAGUGUCGUACAGCUCUAGUCAUAGGUCGAGAAACCCUCUGCGUCCACUGUAUUUGAUGCUUUUCCUCACCCCUGAGUCCCGUGAUCUGAUAAGAAUCUACCAAAUGUCAGACUUGGCAUGGAGACUGUACGCGAAUCAGAGGACUUGAGAUUGAAGUAAAAAAGGCAAAACACAGUGGAAGUUAUUACAGAAAACUACUCUUCCUCUGACCACGACUGUACGUACGUUCCUCUAUUAUUUUUGGUCCUCGAUCUAAAUGACAAAAAAAAAAAAAUUAUAUAUAUAUAUAUAUAUAUAUAUAUAUAUAUAUAUAUAUAUAUAUAUAUAUAUAUAUAUAUAUAUAUAUAUAUAUAUAUAUAUAUAUAUAUAUAUAUAUAUAUAUAUAUAUAUACUCUGUUUCCUCACUCAUGACAAUAGUUGCCCCUUCUUCCCCUCCCGAACCCGAAACACCAUUACUACACCUUCUGCAGGCUCGGUUCUUAAAAGAUUCCUGAUGCCUCUGCAGACCUCCUCCCUCAAGUCAGCCGGGUCCGAGAGGCCAGGCUUGUAAAUUUUGUCCUCCAUUCCUCCACCUUCUCCACCGCCCCGACAGUUCCUUGACUCCAGCGGAUGUACAGUGUAUGAGAAGAAAAUGCUCAUCUUACACAGACUAUGUAUUGUCGGUCAUAAGUGGGUAUAAAAAAAAUAAUUCUCUCUCUCUCUCUCUCUCUCUCUCUCUCUCUCUCUCUCUCUCUCUCUCUCUCUCUCUCUCUCUCUCUCUCUGAAGCGACCUAAACAACUCCCUCCCUCAGUCCCUCCCUCCCCACCCAAUCCUUGAACACUGUCAGCCAACACAACUAUUUGUAUAUUUCCCUACAUAUCACAUUUCUUUCUCCUUGGAGUAGGGAAGGGCGAGCUCUGUUGUCUUGGCCCCGGAGCCCCGACGCCCCUUCUCCCGCCCCCGGCACCCGCCACUCCACCACCGCCCCAUCGCUCCUCGAUCCCCCGCUCUGGUAACCCCAUUACCCAUACAUGACAAUAACAACACCCGACUCUUCCUUUCUUGAUGAAAUUUCAGGUCACGAGAACUUUUGUAUUUCCCCGCGCGCGAGGAGUCCCUGGGGCCCCUUAUGGUGGAAGUGGCUGGGGAGCGAGGAAGGGGAGGGCAAGGGUGCUGCCUGAGGUGCAACACUGACUGCCUCUUUGUGUCCUUCUCAAAUAAAACGGUUUCCAUGUUG